AUGGAAGCAUCACAUUUAGAUGGCAUGGAGGCCGAGGCGUUCGAACGGCUAACAAUCAUCGCUACAAUUCCCCAAACACCAGUCCAAAGCUACAUUCAGGAAACGCUAGCAGCAAUCCUGGAUGAAGUAUCCUUCCGUGAAGGCCACCUCUCUAUCACCCUCAAACAGAGAGGUAAAAAGUUUGCCUCACUGUUCAUUAACCCACGUACACUGGCCCUGGAGACGUCGGAGAUACAGACAUACACCACCUACAGAUGGCCCGGCGGCGAUAUGAACGAAGCAUUGAAAUUCACUGCCGCUCUUCGAGUCCUCGCGGCCAUUGCAGAGGCAGUUCAGGCAGGGUUGGUGGUCUCUAAGAGAGACAUAUACUACAGUGAUCCUAUCUGCUUCGGCUCCCAGAAAACCGUCGAUACACUCGUUGACGACUUGGCACACACAAUGGGGGUAGAUCGUGCUGCAUUAUAUGUGGGGGCAGCAGCAAAAGGACUCGUUGUGGGAUACUAUCAGAUGACCACCAAAAGCGCGGGAGUAGUGGACGCGCGAUUAUCAAACCAGGAUACUCUAGUACCUAGAAUGCAAGACAUCCACAAACUCGACCUUAAAGAUGUUGCCUGGGUACUGGUUCUAGAGAAGGAGGCCGUAUACCGUCGACUCGCAAGCAGCAACUACCACAUCAGAUCUGCAGCAGGCAAGGGCGUCCUCGUCACUGGAAAAGGAUAUCCUGAUCUCAGCACUCGGGCAUUCGUCCGUAAACUCUUCGACCAUAGCCACCAACUCACCAAGCAACCGCAAUUCUACGCCUUAGUGGACGGUGACCCCGACGGCAUGGCCAUUAUGGCCACAUACAAGUAUGGCUCUGUGGCUUUUGCCCACGAAAACCGGAACUUGAAUGUGCCCGGUCUCCACUGGCUGGGUUUGAGACUAGCGGAUGUGGUUGCAGGCGCUGAUCCACUAGGCGAUGACACGCUACUCCAUCUUACGAAGCGGGAUAGGAAGAAGGUCAUCGCUAUACUGUCUAGAAAUCCUGUCUGGGAGGCCGAUGGACCGGAGCCGGAAUGGCGGGUGGAGCUGCAACGGAUGCUCAUGUUGAAUCUCAAGGCAGAGAUGGAGAUUCUGUACGACAUGGAGGGUGGCUUGACAGGAUGGCUAGAUAGGAAGCUGAUCCAUCUCAUACAAAACAGUAGGUAG